UCCUGCAAUACAAUAUCUCUCUGUGAAAACAUUCUCUUACAUGCCAUUUUAUUGAAUUAAGUUCAAUAAAAAUGGCUGCUUCUCUUAACUUGUUCUUCUCCUCCUUCAAUUUUAAUUUAAUUAAUAUUACUACUAUUCUCAUAAUUCUUUCUCUCUCUCUAAAUGCAGGAAAUUCAGCUAGCGACAAUUCAACUUCCGGCAAGCACCACCACAAAUGGGUGGGGCCCUCCGGACACCGUGUCAUCACAGUCGACGUCAACGGCCUGGCGGACUACCCGACAGUUCAGGAGGCAGUGGACGCCGUCCCUCCGAAUAACAUGAAGAAUGUCCUCAUUCUCAUCGCUGCUGGUUGCUACAUAGAAAAGGUGGUGGUUCCAGCGUCCAAACCGUACAUAACGUUUCAAGGAGCGGGAAGAGAGAGAACGGUGAUCGAGUGGCAUGAUAGAGCAAGUGAUAAGGGAGCAGAUGGGCAGCAGCUCCGGACUUAUCACACUGCUUCUGUCUCCGUUUUUGCUAAUUAUUUUAUCGCCAGAAAUAUUAGCUUCAAGAACACUGCACCGGCGCCAAUGCCGGGGAUGCAAGGAUGGCAGGCGGUGGCGUUCAGAAUUUCCGGCGACAAGGCCUUCUUCUCCGGCUGCGGUUUCUAUGGAGCUCAGGAUACUCUUUGCGACGACGCCGGCCGCCAUUAUUUCAAGGAAUGUUACAUUGAGGGUUCUAUAGACUUCAUUUUUGGCAAUGGAAGGUCUAUGUACAAAGAUUGUGAGCUACAUUCUAUUGCAACGAGAUUCGGGUCCAUAGCGGCCCAAGAUAGAAACUUGCCCGAUGAAAAGACCGGGUUUGCAUUUCUAAAUUGCCGGGUCACCGGAACCGGUCCACUCUACGUGGGGCGUGCAAUGGGCCAGUACUCCCGGAUUGUCUUCUCGUACACCUACUUCGAGGAUGUGGUCGCUCGCGGGGGAUGGGACGAUUGGGAUCACGUCAGCAACAAAAACAAGACUGUAUUUUUUGGAGUGUACAAAUGUUCUGGGCCGGGAGCAGCAGCGGUACGUGGAGUGUCAUGGGCCCGAGAAUUGGACUACGAUACGGCCCAUCCAUUUCUUGCUAAGAGUUUUGUCAAUGGAAGGCAUUGGAUUUCACCUACAGAUGCUUAAUAUUAUUCGAUUAUUCUUUUUUGCUCCGUGUAUAUUUAUUCUUUAUUCAUUUCAUUCCUAUCAUUUAUUUAUUAAAUCCGAAUAAACUUCUACACCUGUAAUAUCAUUUUAGUAUACUGAAUUUAUUUUUUUAGUGA